GAACUGUAUCGUCUGGAAUCGGAAAUAGGUUAAAAAAAAUAUCUGCGUUAGUGUGUUGUCGAAUAUAUUUUUCUUAGCACAUUUUGUACACGAAAUAUACAAGCAUGGCUAUGCAAGCAGCUAAACGAGCUAAUAUUCGAUUACCACCUGAAGUCAACAGAAUACUCUACAUUAGAAAUCUACCAUACAAGAUCACAGCUGAGGAAAUGUACGACAUCUUUGGGAAGUAUGGACCAAUACGGCAGAUUCGAACUGGAAACACACCGGAAUCAAGAGGGACAGCUUAUGUGGUCUACGAGGACAUCUUUGAUGCCAAGAACGCCUGCGAUCACCUUUCUGGAUUCAACGUCUGCAACAGAUAUCUUGUAGUUUUAUACUACAAUGCAAACAGGGCUUUCCAGAAGAUGGACACCAAGAAGAAAGAGGAGCAGCUGAAGCUUCUGAAGGAGAAAUAUGGCAUAAACACAGAUCCCCCAAAAUAGUCUCCCCUCUUCCCCCUUUGGCACAGAAUGUGCAUUUAGACAUCUGUACAAAUUCACCUCUUGCUUGUUGUAAGCCAAUAAUGUUUGCUUGUAGGACUCUUGUCUCCUGAAAUGCUUUUUAUUUUAUUUUGCUUAUUUUUUCAAUUCUAAAUAAUUUGUACAUCUUAAUUUGUCCAAUUGCUAAAGUUAACUGAUUUGUGUUUUGUAAUUGGGUAUUAUCUUGGUUAUCAAGUAUAUUAGGGUGUGUUUUUUUUUGGGGGGGGGGGUGAAUUUUGUACUGGGUGCUAAGUGAUAGUGGUUGCAUUUUACAGGCUUUGACAGUCUUUUUGUUUAAUUUCAGUUUUGGUAUGUCUCUUUGGUGUGCAUUUUGAACACAUACAAUCUCUGUGGAAAAAAAAAUCUGCAGUUUGAUGUAAACGUAUUCAUAAAAAAAUGGUAAUUCAUACAAAUUCACUUGCGUUUUUAGAUUCUGUCAAAUAAAUAGGUAUUUUCUGUAAAAUAAAUGGUCCUUGUAUAAAAGAUGCUGGCCAUA